UCGUUUUGCUUGACUGAGGGGGGGAGCCUCCAGAAAUGACAAAGAGCUACGUAAUGUCCCGUUUGGUCUUGGGGUAUUAUUAAUAUACGGAGGUCAUUCAAUAUGGCGUCCCAUUUUAGCGGUGUUUUACAACUAACUGAUUUGGAUGAUUUUAUUACACCGUCACAGGAAUGUGUGAAGCCAGUGAAAGUGAACAAGAAGCAGGGGCGAUCUGUGGCCAAAAUCCAAAUUGAAGAUGAUGGCACUUACUUUCAGGUUAACGAGGAUGGUCAAAUGCAGAAGCUGGAGAAAGCCAAGAUCACUCUGAAUGACUGUCUGGCCUGCAGCGGCUGCAUCACCUCAGCGGAGAGCAUCCUAAUCACCCAGCAGAGUCACGAGGAACUAUACAGAGUGCUCCGCCUCAAUAAGCAGAGUAGCAGCAGUGAGCAGAAGCUGGUUGUAGUGUCGGUGUCGCCACAGUCUCGUGCUUCCCUAGCCGCGCGCUACUCUCUCAGCAGCAGCGAAGUGGCCAGGAGGCUUACAAACUUCUUCAAAAAUCUGGGUGUUCAUUAUGUGUUUGACACUGGCUUCAGUCGCACCUUCAGCCUGCUGGAGAGUCAGAGAGAGUUCCUCAAGAGGUUUGCUCGGAAAGAGGAGGACAAGAAAGCCUUGCCCAUGCUGGCAUCCGCUUGCCCAGGUUGGAUCUGCUAUGCUGAGAAGACCCAUGGUGACUUCAUCCUGCCUUACAUCAGCACAACCCGUUCCCCACAACAGAUAAUGGGUUCACUGGUCAAGAGCUUCUUCGGUAGUCAUCAGGGUGUUGAACCCCAAAAGAUUUACCACGUGACCGUGAUGCCUUGCUAUGAUAAGAAAUUGGAAGCUUCCAGACCUGAUUUCUACCUUAGCGAGGCAGAGACCAGAGAAGUGGACUGUGUCAUUACAUCAGGAGAAGUUAUCAAGAUGUUGGAAGAGGAGGGUGUGUCUCUGAGUGAUAUAGAGCCAGCACCUUUAGAUACGAUGUUCAGUAAUGUGGGUGGUGAGGAGUUGCUGUGUCAUGCUGGGAGUGGUUCAGGAGGAUAUCUUCAUCAUGUCUACACUCGUGCUGCCAAACAGCUCUUUGGAGUUGAAGUGGAGGAACUCACAUACAAAACCCUCAAAAAUAAGGACUUCCAGGAGGUCAUUCUAGAGAAAGAUGGAGAAGUUCUUCUGCGCUUUGCUGCCACCUACGGCUUCAGGAAUAUUCAGAACCUCGUGCAGAAGUUGAAGAGGGGAAAGUCACCGUACCAUUUUGUAGAAGUCAUGGCAUGUCCGUCAGGCUGCCUGAAUGGAGGGGGUCAGUUGAAGCCUGAAGCAGAUCAGUCUAACAAAGAGCUACUGCAGCAGGUGGAGGCAGCAUACAGAGCGGAGCAGCCGUCUGUACCUGAGGAGGAUCAGCGCGUUGCUGAGCUUUACCACACAUGGCUAAAUAGUACGGGAGAGGAGAAAGCACGUGAGCUACUUCACACUCAGUAUCACGCAGUGGAGAAAAGCACCACUGGACUUGCCAUCAAGUGGUGAAGAUCUGAAGCAGCAAAGUGACGCAUGGGAUAUACAGGGCAGUUCAGGGCAAGUGUUUGAGUAAUGAGCUCAUGAUCACCAUCUUGUAUCAUAAAGUACAAUCAGUGAUCAUGUGUAAUUAUGUGAAUGCUUAUAUGCACAAAGAAGAAACCGCUUUCACAAUUUUCUGCGGCACUCGCGUACAAGUGCUCCAGUAUUUCAUGACAACUUCCAUAAAUACAGAAAUGAGACUGAUGCUCCUCAAAGACAUCCAUUUCGAAACGAAUAAGCUUGGGAAUUCCUCGUGUGUAAAACCUUAUCACAGACUCGGCUGUGUAGCAUUUGCCUGUGAAGCCUCCAUACGCUGUUUGUUUGCUCCGUAGUUGCAUCAUAUUGCGCAUGGAAACGAGUCCAUAAUUGGUCUGAAAACUGGAAAAAAAAAAUUAAGCACAAAAUCUAUUCAAUUUAUUACGAUUAUGUAUCGUUAAUUAUUUUAGCUAUAACCUAAUCCAUCCAAUUGGCCAAAGAAUUUUGCAUUAGUUUUUUGAAUGUUAUUCUUGGGGUGAAGACCCUGUAUAAAUAUAAUGCAACAUCCAUCUAUCCAUUUUCCAUACCGCGUUUCCUGCAAAGGUUUGCGGGGAGCCUGGAGCCAGUCCCAGGGGUCUAUGGGCACAAAGUGGGGGACACUCUGGAGGGGGUGCCAACCCAUCACAGGGCACAAUUGCACACCCAUUCACACACUAGAGACAAUUCAGAAACUGAUUCUUUUAAGUCUGAAGUAAUUUCUCCAAAUCUUUUCCCACAUUGAAUAUUAAUGCCAGAAAUAAGAAGUUCUCUAUUCCUCUGGGUGAAGUACUUCUAGUUCCAUUACUCGGCUGACUUAUACAUCAUAUGAGGAGAGUGAUCAGCAUCAUACUCAACACAAAAUGAGUGGACAUAUGCCAUUUCUCUGAACUUGAAAGACCGGCAUUUUAUGAUUUUAAAUAUUUCGUAUACAUAUGAAAAAUAAUUGUGACUAGAAGAAUGAAAUUACUCUGCUUUGUGGUUGCAGGUACUUUUGAAUAAUUUACAAAAUAUGCAUGAAUAAAUGAUCACAUAUAUUUAAGUUAUCUUACUAUAUUUAUUUAGGAAUUAAUUACAGAAUAUGUUUCUCAAUAAACACUUUUAUAUUUCAUUGUA